AUGUUCUUAAUUACCGAACUUAUGAGAGGUGAUACGCUACAAAAGUAUUUAUGGAGCAUCCGUCGAAAGCAUCUGGAUUUAAGACUUUCCAUAAGUUUUGCGUUGGAUAUUUCUCGAGCUAUGGAGUACUUGCAUGACAAUGGCAUCAUUCACCGGGACUUAAAACCCAGUAAUCUACUUCUCACUGAAGAUCAGAAGCAUGUUAAGGUGGGCGACUUUGGGCUAGCUAGAGAGAGGAUAAUGGGUGACAUGACUUGUGAGUGUGGCACUUAUCGGUGGAUGGCACCCGAGUUAUUCAGCAAAGAGGCACUUCAAAUUGGAGUGAAGAAAUAUUAUAACCACAAAGUGGAUGUGUAUAGCUUCUCAAUGGUUCUAUGGGAGUUGCUCACAAAUGAAGCUCUAUUCAAAGGAAAAGAUAGCAUAAGUGUAGCGUAUGCAGCAGUAGCGAAUAAUGAAAGGCCUAGCUUGGAGAAUAUUCCGAAGGAUAUAGCCCCUUUCUUGCAAUCUUGUUGGGCAGAGGAUCCGAAUAUACGACCAGAGUUCAAACAAAUUACAGAGUAUCUUACCAACUUCCAUCAAAGCCUUUUGCCAAAACCAAUGACACCUCCAAAGCUGAUGCAAAUUGAAGAGCCUGAAAGCAGCAUAGGUCAAGAACUCACAAGUAAUGAUCAUAAUCAUAUAAUGGCGAAGAAGUCCGAGGAGAAGCCUAGAAAGCGCAGGAGUUUUUCAUCAUGUUUCCUGAAUUGUUUUAAUGAUAGCUAA